AUGGAUACUAACAAGUCAUUAGUGAUCAUCCUAUUGGUCGUCGUGUUGCUCCUCGCCGCCACAAAAAGAACCGUUCAAUCUUGCUUUCCCUCCGAUCGAGUUGUGCUUCUAGAGUUCCGAGCUAAGCUCAACGAGCCAUACAUUGGCGUUUUCAACACGUGGAAAGGUCAAGACUGUUGCAAGGGCCGGAUCAACAAUACCUCGGGGGUCAUACCGCGAGACAUCGGACGUUUGAAGAUGUUGAGUCGUGUGUUACUAAGCGGUAACAAAAUCUCGGGUCAAAUACCGGAAUCUUUGACCCGAAUCUACCGUCUCGCGGAUCUUGAAAUCUCGAUGAACCGGCUCACCGGUUCAAUCCCGGUUUCGUUCGGUAAAAUGUCGGUUCUCGCUACGCUUAACCUCGAUGGGAACUUGAUUUCCGGGGACUCUGAUGACGUCGUCGAUCUCGAAUUUGAAUCUGAGCGGGAAUCUCAUAACCGGACGUAUACCGAACACGUUCGGACCGAGGUCGUACUUCACGAUCACGGCGGCGUCGUUUAUUGGCCACCUUGA